CUGCUGCAUAACAAGCCAGUCACACAAGGACAAGGGGACACUAUGGCGUCUCCCAUGGUGGAAAGCCGCGUCGAUCCUCACAAGAAAGCCCAGUAUUCGCUGCACAUCAGCGACCAGAUCGCAGACGGCGAAGUCGGCGAUUACACCAGUGUGCGCUUCAACCACAAGCCCGCCCAAACCACUGCAUCACGCAACACCAAAAUCACCUCGACCUCCCCCAACGACUACACCCUUCGCAUUGAAGAUCAGAAACCCUCCGACGGUCGCGAUGUUUUCAUCUUCACCGGCCAAAAGACCGUUCCCAAGCGCUCCUACAUCCUCGUCUUCGAUCCCGCUUCGCAAAAGGCCACCCUGGAACCGCUGGCCAAUACCUACACAUUCAAUGUCUCGACCAAGAAUGGCAUCGACAUGUCCUCCACCUACCCCAAGAUCUAUCCGCGGAAACAAAAGGAUGACGCGCAGGAGCCAGCCCCGCAAGAGGACAUUGACGAUAGCAGGAGAGACGACGUGAACAUAACCGCCGAUGCGGAAAACCCCUUCGACUUCAGACAUUUCCUCAGCAGCGGUAAGGACGCAAAGAACGGCGAUGAAUCAGAAUACAACCGCGGCACAAGCUCGCCAGACUACCGCACCGGCACCGGCAGUGCGAUGAACACACCCCAACUCUCAGCACGCAAGCCAAACACCACCACUUCCACAGUCCCCAAGACUAAAGCGCCCGUCUCCGCAAAAGCAGCACCCAAGGCCAAAAAACCCACCUCGACGGCCACAGUCGCAAAGAAACCCCCUCCGGCCGUACGCCUUGAACGCCGCGCAACCACCGACCCAAAAGCAAAAGCCAAAUCCAAGCUCACAGCCCCCGCCCCCGCAAAACCAGCCAAACCCACAAAGAAAGCCGCAGCACAACCGCCAUCCUCCAAGAUCAAAUCCGCAGAGAUCGUCCACUCGUCCGACGACGAGUCUGAUGCGGACGACGAUGCGCCACCACCACCAUCCCAAGAACCCACACAGACACAAUCGCAGCAGCGCUCCCCAUCCCCACAACCGCCACCCUCGCAACAAAACCAAACACACUCCCACGACGCGGCAUACGAUUCAGACGAAGAAGCCUACGACUCCGACUCGGCGCAAUCCUACGACGGUGGCAGCGGUCUCGGCGGUCUGGAAAUCGAAUUCGAGGAUCCAGAUGAAAACGCUAGCAAACCCCGUGGACGACAGCAGCAGCAGCGGCACCCAGCCACUGCGGCGCGUCUCGGCUACCUCAAUUCCCCGGCCAACGGACCGAUUUCGCUCGCGAGCGUCGCUAGUUCAGUCGAAGGCACACCCCGCACGAAUCGCGUCAAGGGGCGUCCUGGACGCGGUGGCAUCGAUGAUGGGGUAAUUGAUUUCGACGAACUUGGUGGUGGCGGUGGUGGGGGCCACAGCGAUGUUGAAGAGGAAGACGAAGAUGAAGAGAUGGAGGAGCAGGACGUGGAUGAGAGAGAUGACGUCGAUGUUGAACCUAUUGAUAUUGGACCGCCUGCUGCUGCGGCUGCUGCACAGAAGGGGCACGACGAAAAUGAUGAUGCGGAUGCGGAUGCGGAUGCGGAUGGCGAUGGCGAUGGCGAUGAUGGCGAUAUGGAGGAUUUGCUGUAUAAGGAGGUCAUGGAGGGUUUGGCUGGCGGGGACAGCAGCGAGGAGAGUGAGGAGGAAUGAAGCGCUCUGCUUUUUCUUUCAUCUUUUGUUAAUUCUGUUUGUUCUUCGCCUUCUUUCUAGAUACCCCCCCCCCCCCCCCCCCCCCUCUCUUAUCCUACAUACCCCCUCACCCCCUUCCUCCCGCUUUUUUUGCAUCUUGCUGUGUCCCCUUUUUCUCUGUUUUGCUAGUGCCAGUCUUUGGACUUUUUUGUUUUUUUCUUUUCCCUAAAAAGAAGAAUAGUUAUCAUGUCUUUUCUCUCUUUCCCCUCCUCUUUUUCUUUUUCUUUUCUAGCUAUCAGCGUUUUUAAAUUUCUAGGUUUAUUGUGCUAUCCCUCGCGGUGGAAAUUUCCUGCGCUUCUUU